UAACCAAAACCAUUUACAAAAAAAUCUGGACUUCAAAUAACUGAAAAAAGAUCGGCAACGAACCGCGAUCACAUUUUAAAUAUGUCAUCUUCCAGCGAGCGAUAUCUGAAGAAGGUAAUGCGCGGCGUUGAGGUAAAACAUCUGACAUUGCACGAAGCAAAGCGCACACAACGCCAUAUUUACGGCGCACUCCUCUCCGAAUUAUAUUUUGAGGCCUGUACAGUGUGUGCAAAAUAUUUUGAGUAUUUGAAGUGUGAAGAAGAUGCUCUCAUAGAAGACAAUUUCAUCACGCAACGGAUGGAGGGAAAUAGAGUGGAAUUGCUGAAGCUUUUCGAAACAUGCAAAGCGGCGGAGCUUGCAACGAAAUUGAAAGCUUGCCUCAGCCGUAAAACAGCCUAUGAACUCCUCUAUCAGGCAUUGAAUAUAACAAGAAAUUUACACAGCACUUAUUGGUGGCUUACCCGGAGUUUUUUCGAAAUUGUUAUCGAAGUAACGGACACCUUUGGAUUGAACGAUGUACUCUGCUCGGAAAUGCGUGCGAAAAUUUACACUCAUUACGCCAUCUUUCAACUGAAUAACAAUUUUCGCAAGAUUCCCAAAAGCAUUGCAUACUUUCAAAAAGCUCUCACACUGAGUCGAGCACAAAGCUGGCGUACUGGUGAUAUUUCGAACGUUUUCGAUGAGCAAAAUCUACAUGAAUAUAUUGGUAUAACCUUGGCUAGUGUACUUUCCAAAUCGGCAAUGGCUUUUGCCCAAAAUAAUCCAAAACUUGGCAUUGAGCAUGCUGAUGGUGCCAUCAAAUGUCUAGCUGAAGUUGGUCAAAUGAAUAAGAAAAUUUUAGUUAUGAAAGCCAUUUUAGUGAAAUCGCGUCUAUUAAUGGAGCUCUGUAAUUAUAAAGAAGCGAUGAAGCAUUUGAGAGCCGCUGAACGUUAUGCGAUAGGGGAAAAGGAUAGUCAUUUUCAAAAAGUGAGAUGUGAAGUGAAUAUAUGUAAAGGCAUUUGCUAUGAGAGCUUGGGCUACACCACCUACGCCAUGGCGAAACUGAAGCUGGCUCUGCUGGUGGCACGUAGCCUGAACUUGAAUAAGCUGCUCGGUCAAUCGCUACUACAGAUGGCGAAAAUUUUUAUGAGAGAUUCACAAAAAUAUCAUUUGGCUGAAAAUGCGCUGAAAGAAGCACAGAGCGCCUUCGACUUGGAGGAUGAUCUGGAGAAUCUCCGAUGUGUCAAAUACAUGGUCGCACUGCAGCAAGCGUAUCGAAACGAAAAAACAUUCGUACAAAUGAUUAAGGAUGCACAAUUUAAAUAUUGUGAUUUGUAUAAAUUACGCAAGUGGAAAUAUCAGUUGAAGCCAUUCUGGAAGAGUCGCCCAGUGAUGAGCCUUAUCAAAUCCUACAAAUCAUUUAGUGCACUCAGUGUUGUUACUACUGAGUUGCCCUCGGAAGUAUGCGAAGACUCGGAGCACGAGUCAAUCGUCGAGGACUCCAGUCUGUCUGAGUCGCAGGGAGGUUCGAGUGAUACUUUAGAUUGCUUGUUGAAGGAAUGAAGCGAGCGUGAAUUUUGUGAAAGUGUGAACUUACGAAUGUUGUUGUAAUUUUUAGAGGGAAAGAUAAGAAGAAUACGAAGAGUUAAAUACAAAAUAAAAAAAU